AUGUCGCAGUCAAGGAAAUGCCCUGUGGACUCAAGUCUUCGUGACCUACUUAGAGGCAGACUGCUAGACGACGAUGUCGCCAUGAAAAGUGAGAUGGAGCUUCUAAAGAAAUGGGGAUUUUCAGAAGAUUUUGUGAAAUUAUUAGGCGAAACAAGAGAUCCGCAACAACAAGACCAAAAUGACAACGCUAACAAUGACUUCACAGAACACGUUUGGACUAUCAAAGUGGCGUCAAAACCCAGAGACGCUACAACUACAGUCGAUUCUGCAAAGGAAAAUUAUGUUCUCAAACCUAGCGCAGAAAGCCAGAUUUCUACACUGAACGACAGUGCCAAGGAACUUUACGAGAAGGCAAUAUUAAGUUAUCGUUCUGGGGAAUUUCAGGACAGCCUUGUCAACAUCGACCAGGCGUUAAAGGUCUGUGGAGGCCCAGAUGACAUGUCCACGUUGUUGACGUUCAAAGCCACCAUUCUGAAUGCCAUGGGGAACUAUGUGGAGACACUUAGAUCUAUACAGGAGGUGUCUCAUGCACUGAGAACGAGGCAUUUAAUCUUGGAAGGAGUAAAAGCUUUAGAGAAACUUAACCUUCUCCUCGCGGCUGAAGAGUGGCUGAAGACGAUGCUGCAGAUGGUCACAGGUGAAGAAACAGACACGUCAAAUUGGACACAGACAGUUCAACAACUGUUUCAAGACGUACGCCUGAGGAGAAUUUACGAACCUUUGAUACAAAAUGCCCCAGUAAAGAUUUCCUUAUCGAAGACUGGCCGUACAGUCUAUGCCACAAGAAGGAUUGCUAUAGGAGAGAUCAUAUUUUCUGAACUGCCCGAGUUUCUAGAACAAAGUUUGGCGUCGCAGAGUAUCCCUGCUUGCUCACAGUGUGGCGUGCUGCUGCUCCAGCCAGGUCAUGUGUUCGCUAAAGAGAAGCGGGUACCUCCUGAUGUGAAGAAAGCCAUCAAAAAGUACUGGCAGACAAGGGUUACAAUCCCGUGUCAAGGUUGUAACAGAGUCGUCUACUGCAGUGAAUCCUGUCGCCAGGAGGCGUGGCUAAGCUACCACAAGGACAUCUGCCCGUCCUCUCCCAACUCGCCGUCCAGUGUACUCUACGAUGUGAGGGAUUCUUUUCGAAACGUCACGGCCACCAAUGGCUGCUCCUGGCAAGGCUGGUGGAAUGCCGAGUUUAGCCCACUUCUGCUGGCUCGUCUGUGGGCAGCUGUGCUGGCUCAAGCCAAACUGCGAGGAGGUUGCCAAACUACGCCUAAUUGUGAGGCUGUUUUGGAGCCAAUUUUCUCCAAAAUUAAGAAGUAUUCAAUCAGUUCUGAAACUACUGUGCGCACGUGUGUUCCCAGAAUGUUUGACUGCAUCAGGAACAUUUUCAAGAGGUCAAAGUUCUUGGGUUAUGAAAUAACAGAAACUGAAUUUGAUCAAAUGUACCACAGAAUUUCAAACAAUUAUAUCAGCUUCUUUGAUAAUAGUAAUCCAAUCCAAGACUGUUUAGACAGAAUUCAAACUAACCAUAAAGUUGUCAAGAAAAUUGUCAAAUGUUUGCAAGAACCUCGUCAGAAAGCAGAAUUCCAUGGAUUGUUUCCUUUGAUAUCUUGCAUUAACCACUGUUGCCUGCCAAAUGCGGAGAUUGUGUCUCAAACUAGUAAUGGGAAGCCAGGGAUAUCCAUCACAGCCAAAAGAGAUAUUGAUGAGAUGGAUGAAAUCACCAUAGCUUAUGUAGAUCCACAGCUUUCUAGGAGUGAGCGACGAGACAUGCUAUCCAGACGAUACGCUUUCUGGUGCCAGUGUUUGCGGUGUGAGUUUGAAGGGAACGGUCCUGAUGCUUGCACACAAUGUGGGAAACGUCCGCAGUCCUUUUCGAACAGCGGAACUAGACAAGACAGCAUUGCAAGUUUGAAGAAUUGCUCAGCUGUUCAGGAGACGAAUGUAUUGCAGGGUCUUACGGCUGUUCAAGGCACCAGUGUGAUGCAAGACUGUUCUAUUGCUAAAGACACAUGUGUGGUUCAGAGUUCUGGGGAAAAUUUUCAUUGUCCACAAAAUAAAAUUGAUAAACUAUUUGAUACUAAUUCUAACUGCGGAAAUGAAAAGCAGAAAGACACAGGAGAAGUUAAUCAUAAAGAAGAUUUUAACACUAAAAGUGAGAAGGUCAAAAAUCAUGGAUUUCACACGUUUGUGACAGGUGAGUGUAGUUUAGAUAUUCAGGAAAACUGUAAUAUUGAUGAAGGAUCAAAUCAAAUCCCUCUUCGACAAGUUUUGUUAGAAGAAAGCUCAGAAAAAGUAUCAAAUUCACCAGCAGAAGAAAUCAGAACACCGCCUGAAAUAGCUACUUGUUCGCUCAGUGGGUUUGAGAAUCAGGCACCGGCUAAGUAUCCUCACUGUAGUCAAUGUGGCAGAGCAUGGUACUGCUCCCAAACAUGCCAGAGAGAAGCUUGGAAACAAGGACACAAACAAAUCUGUGGUAAACUUUGA